UGACAACCCCUAGCUUUUCUGUUCAAGAUAUUGGUCAACUACUCCUCAUUGGGGAGCCCGAAUCUGGCUACCGUGGAGUCUUUGAAGUUCGUCUCGGAGGAAGCGUGAUCAUCGGACGACCGAGUAAUGGCCAUAAACACAAUGCGCCCCUGGCAUACUUCCCAUCACGAGCUGUGUCACGAACCCAUGCCGUCAUAACUAUGGCAGAAGAUGGGAUAUACAUCACUCAUCUACGGCCAACGAAUCUGACAUGGCGUGCUGUUGAUUCUAUUUGGACACCCAUGAAAGUUGGUGAACGGGCGAAACUCACUCAUAAAGAUAUACUAUGCUUUGGCACCGCACCCAAAUCGAAAAGUCAUGGUAAUCGAGUCGAUGCUCCAUUUAUUGUUUCUAUCGCUUUCGUCCCAGUCGGAGAUGAAGUAUCGUGGACCAAGUACAAGUUCGUAAAGAAAACUAUACAUCGGCCGUACCAGCAUAUGACGAAACAGAAAGAAAUGGAUGCUGGGAUGCAGCUAUUGCUAAAUGACCUCAACGGUUUAAACGUAUCACCCGGUCAGGUUGGCACGGGGGAACAUGAAGGGGACACACCAACGGCAAGUAAACGGAAACGGGGUGCUCCUUCGGAACCUGACGCAGAAAGGAGUGACGAAUCUACUAUAAGGCAUUCUCGGGAUCCUUCAAGGAGCGAGCAGUCCAAGUUUGUGACCGAGGAUGCGUCCAAGAAACGCAGAUUGCCAGGAUCGUCUUCAAGUCCAUAUUGCGAAGACGCAGUUGAUUUACCAGACACACUCACAAAGAUGACCCUGUCGUGAUCCUUUCACUCCGCCCCUCUCUUUCUUUAUCUCAUUUUAUAUUCCAGUCGAACAUUAUAAUACUCCAAGGCUUUGCAUCAUUUCUUCGCAGAUCCAGUAUUCAUUCGACAUCACGCUUCCAUUGCACCUGUUUCAUCGCCUCACCGCAGCUUGGUGCUGUGUCGGCGCCCUCAUUUUAUAUGUUCAUGUUUCUGUUGUCUGGGAGGAUUGUACACCAAAUCGAACGUCCAUUAUUUUGAUAGCCAAUUCAUUGUUGACUCACCGGGGAAUCACGAUAU